GGCUCGGAGCGGCCGCUGACUGGCUGCGUGGGGAGCCGGCGUGGGCGCAGCGGAGGACUCUCCUAUAAAACCCGGGAUCCCACGGACGGACGCGCUCGUCUCUCCCUGACAAGAGUCGUGUUUCCCCGCUCGGCAGCUGCCUCGUCACCCCGCUCCAGAUCGGGAAAAAGAACCGAGAAUCCCCCUCCCGUCUUCGUAUAUGGUCGUGACUGACGCUCCAGCAAGGAUGUCCCGGACCGACGAAGUGCACCGCAUCACGGAGAACGUUUACAAGAACAUCAUGGAGCAGUUCAACCCGUGCUUAAGGAACUUCAUAGCCAUGGCAAAGAGCUACGAGAAGGCUCUCACCAGUGUCACAUUUGCUGCAAAGGGCUACUUCGACGCUCUGGUGCGGAUGGGCGAGAUGGCCAGCGAAAGUCAAGGCUCUAAGGAUAUUGAAGAGGCAGCAUGGGAUGUGCUCUUUCAGAUGGCUGAAGUGCACAGACAGAUCCAGAUCCAGCUUGAGGAGAUGCUGAAGUCUUUCCACAAUGAGCUCCUCACAGAGCUGGAGAAGAAGGUGGAGCUGGACGCGCGCUACCUGAAUGCGGCGCUGAAGAAGUACCAGAUGGAGCACAAGAGCAAAGGCGAGAGUCUGGAGAAAUGCCAGGCGGAGCUGAAGAAGCUGCGCAGGAAGAGCCAGGGCAGCAAGAACCCUUCCAAGUACGGAGACAAGGAGAUGCAGUAUGUGGAGGCCAUCAGCAACAAGCAGAGCGAGCUGGACAACUACAUCGCCAAGGGCUACAAGAACGCUCUGUCAGAGGAGAGGAGGAGGUACUGCUUCCUGGUGGACCGUCAGUGUGCCGUGGCCACAAACAGCAGUGCCUACCACAGCAAGGGUAAGGAGCUUUUAUCCCAGAAGAUCCCAGUGUGGCAGCAGGCGUGCGCUGAACCGACCAAACUGCCAGAUCGGGCCAUGUACCUGGCCCAGCAGAUGAGCGGUGCAGCGGGAGGCACCAUGCCUCCCGGCGGCCUCCAUCCCGGCAUCUCCGAGCCCAUGUCUGGCGCUAAACCUUUGCCGGUGCCUCCGGAGCUGGCAGCCUUCCGGGCCGGCGGCGGCAUGGGACAGCAGCGGCUGAUGGACGGAGCGAUGCCAGCGAUGAACGGCGCAGCCGGUGGAGAGGACUACCAGCAGUGGGUGGAGAGCAAGGUGGCGCAGGGCAAGGCCUCCCCACAGCCCCAGCGGCACGGAGCGGAGGUCUACUCCAACACCCUGCCUGUGCGCAAGGCCGCCCCCGCUAAGAGCAAGAGCCCCCUACUGGAGACCCGCACGCUUCCCCGCUCCAGCUCCAUGGCCGCCGGUCUGGAGAAGAACGGAAGAACUCGAGUCCAAGCCGUCUUCUCCCACGCUGCAGGAGACAACAGCACGCUGCUGAGCUUCGCCGAGGGCGACGUGAUCACCCUGCUGGUGCCCGAGGCCCGCGACGGCUGGCACUACGGCGAGAACGAGAAGACGAGGAUGCGGGGCUGGUUUCCCUUCUCCUACACCCGGCUGAUCUCCGAGAGCAACGGCGACACCAUGAGGCAGCUUCGAGUUCACAACCUCCACCACGGGAAAAGCAGCAGCACAGGGAACCUUCUGGAGAGAGAGGACAUGCCUCUGCCCGUCCCCGAUUACGGCACCCACUCCCGAAUGUCUGCACAGAGCUCGGCCACGCUGCACAGACAACAGCGUCCCUACAGCGUAGCGGUGCCAGGCUUCCCACAGCAGGGAGUCGAAGAGUACGAGCCGCGCUUCCCCACCAGUUCCACAGAGGUCAAAUUGAUUUCCACAGUGUGAGACGAUGCGAUAAGACCGGCUCGCCCUCGGCCGUUCCUUCCUCUUUCUCCCCCCCCCCCCCGUUUUUCCUGCCUCCUGCUUACGGCAAUAAACUCCUCUUGAGCCGAUCAGUCCGAGGAAGAGACUUGGGUGUGUCUGUCACCCUCCUUUCAUCUCUUCCUCCGUCGCCGUGCCGUCCGUCUGUCUGACCUGUAGCUCCGCCGAGCUGCAGGCGACGACCAAACCAGAACAGACUGCGCCGCAGAUAUUUCCAAUUCAUGUGACGGAGGUUUUUUUUUCUGAGGAAAAUGGGUCUUUUUGAUCGUCUUUCAUGCAUGCACAUGUCUUUUCUAUAAUUGAGGGGAUUAAACUUCCCCGCCCUAUUUCCACCAAUGUCAGUGCUCUCCAACAGAACGACGGCGUGAAGGAAAUGUAAAUGAAAGCUGGUUGAUCCCAAAGAGGAUUUUCAUACUGUAAAAGCGUAACGGUUUUUAAUUUUACUGGAUUUUUCAGUACUGAAUUAUUUCUGCCUUUUUUCAUGCUGUGAAGUUUUGUAUUCCUCUUUUGACACGAGAGGUCCUGUAAAUGUUUUAACAGAGAAAACUGAAUGUUAACUGUACAUACAUGUGCCAUGAAAAAGUGCUCGUCACGCAAUAUCUAUUAUGUGUCAAUGGGGUGGGGUGGGGAAAACGCACUUUAUGAAACUAAUAAUCUCUGUUUGUGACUUUAUGUAUGAAAACAACCUGGAAGAGUUUGGGUAUCAGUCUGUGAGCUCGGACACUGCUCCGACAGGUGCUUCUAUUCAUGCUGUGCUGUGGUACUGUCCUGCUGAGCUGUUUCAGUGCUGAUGCUGCUUCAUCAUCAAGCAAUCAGGAAAGGAGAGAGAAAAAAAAAAGAGCAGUAACAAUGAUCUCCUUUUUGGUUACAUUUUCUGUACGAACUCAAGAAAAAAAGCAGUACAUGUGUUUGGAAGUGGGCAAUAUGUUCCAUUCACAAUGAGGCGAUGGGUAAUUUAAAUCAAUUGAGCUUAAAAUAUUAUAUUAAAACUUUAAUUGUGUUUAAAACAUUUUUAUUUUUCGUAUCAUCUGCUGAUAAGGCGCUUCAGUCCCCAUUCUGCAUCCUUCCUGCCUAAAGGUGUUAGCCAACAAACACCUUUUCAAUCCCAACAUGCUGCAGUCUCCCAUUUAAAGCUUUGCACAGUGUUAGCUGCUGGUUGGGAUUCUUUAAAGCAUUGGGAUGUUUAGAUGAGAACGUUUGCUCCAUCAUCCCCAAAAACAAAUUAAUCAAUUAAUAAAUUAAAGGCUUCUCUACAUCUAAUUUAUAUUUGGUAUGCAUUUAAAAAAUCCAUUACCUAGACAAAUUCCUCAUUGGUUAUUCAUCGAUUCAUUGUGGAUGCUUUUCACUAUAGAGAAAAAAACUUGACAAUUUCAGUGUAUUUUAUUAGGAUUUUAUUUGACUGACCAACCCAAAUAGUACAUGAUUUAGAAAAGGAAGGAAAAUUAGACAUGGAUUUAUAAAAAAAAACAUUUUGUAAGGUGUGGUAUUUCCGUCUGAAUCGGUAUAUUUCAUCUUUGUCAUCCCAGCUGCAGGGCUUCUUGGGUAUGCCUCUACCAGCUUUUACAUCUAAAGACUCAAAUUUGUGCUUAAACCUAGACGCUUUCGCCGGAGAAUGUCUAUUAACAGAGAUUUUUAAGUCAGGCAACAGAUUGUCUGUUGGAUUUAGGUCUGGACUUUGACUAGGCCAUUCUAACAUGAAUAGGCUUUGAUCUAAACUGAUGCACUGUAGCUCUGGCUGCAUGUUAAGACUUACUGGAAAAUGAACCUACACACCGUUUCAAGACCUUUGCAGCCUCUCUUGCAAGCUACACAUUUCUGGUUUUCAUUGUAAAGAUAAUUUUGAAAAGCCUUUUUUUUUUUUUUUAAUAGACAUUACAAUUAUCCACUACUUUGUGUUGGUCUGUCACAAUAAAAUAAAUUGAAAUGUCUGGGUUUAAUAUGACCAAACGUGGGAAACGUCCAAGGAAUGUAAAAACCUUUGCACUGUAAAAUCAAACUUGGGAUAGACGGGGGGAAAUUAUAAAGAACAUUUAUUUUAUAACAAACAUAAGACAACAAAUCCAGACUUGGUAUGCAGAGGUUUUACAGCUUAUGAUGAGUCAAAUUUGAAAAAAUAAAUAAACUGGAGAAAGUGUUGAGCUACUUAAAAUAAAAACGAGAAAAGAAAUGUACAAUACUAGCUAAACACUUUUUAUUUUUUGCAUAUUUAUACGUGGUGCCUAUACUGUGGAUUAUUUAACUUUAUAAUGUAGUUUUUAGAGGAAAACUUUUAACGUAACGUUAUCGACGACGAUAUAUGCAGAUGAGAUGUUGGAUUCUACUGAAUCCACAGAAAGUGAGAGGUCAAAACACUGCUUGGUGACUAAAAAAGUGAAGCAUGGGCUCUCCGCUGCCCGAAAGGCAACCAGAUUUCCUGCUGGAACCUCAUUCCUCCUUUUGUGCUGCUUUAACUCCAACUAAAACCUCAGCGAGUCAAAAAGCGUCACAUUUCAAGGAUAAAACUGUUGUUUGUGCUGAAUGAAGAUUUGUUUUUCUGUACGUCGGCCCAAUUGGUCCCCGUCUGACCAUCAGCUGUCCCUCCGUCCACCUCUGGUGUUUCUGACUAGUCCAUCAGGAAAAGGGCGACUUUUAAAAUUCACGAUGGCUGUGUCGUUUAUCUGCAGAGUGAGACGGUGAAGGGGAAGCUUGCCUGUCCAAGAUUCACCGCUCUGCAAAAAAAUGUAAUCGCUUCAGAUGAUUAAAUAUUUCCUUCUCCAAACAAGUGGAUCAUUCAUUUGGAUGUUUAAACUCUACAGAUCUGUAUCAGAUCUGGUUCAGAUUGACAUUUUUAUUUUUAUUUUUUACUGCUCAGUA